GAUCUGCAUCCGCAGCUCAAGGUUCGAGUCAAACAGGCGACGCUGGUUUAGCAUUCUUUUCCGGUUCAAAUGCUUCGGCACCAGCUGGUGGGAAAGCCUCUCUUCAACCCAAGAGAACUCCUGUUUCCAAAGAAGAGAUUGAGGCCAUUUUGUUGGGCGGCUGCUUCUAAUCGAAUGAGUUCUGAAAAAUGGGGCAGAGAAGACUACACCAUAUCACACUCCUUUUCUGUAACCCUGAUUGAUGAUUAUUUUUUGCAUGCUGUGUGUUAUUUUGGAAUACAACAGUGUACUGAUUAUAAUACUUGUCAAUAAUGUAAGUGUUUGCCACCAUUAACUUUUUCCAUUGAUGAAAUUCACAUAUUGUUUCUGGAGAAAAGGUUUGUCCCUCU